CUCUACAGCUACGUGACUGUGGGUGAGCUGUGGGCCUUCAUCACAGGGUGGAAUCUAAUCCUCUCCUAUGUUAUCGAUGCUUCACUCACGCACUCACUGAGGAUUUCAGGACUCGUCUGCGAGAUGCAUUUUUGGUGGCUCCUGCCAGUUGGUGAGGUGAGUCGAGUCGUGUGCUGCUGGCUGAGGGUUUAUCCUAAUGUGGGCUUUUUGCUGCUGGGAAUUCCUCUGAAUCUCCACCUCAUCCCUCUGGCGUUCCCUGGCUGCUGCACACUUGCUAGGGUGCAAAAGAGUGUCCUCUCUGCUGAGAAAGGAGCUGCUCACAGAAAGAUGCUUUUAUACAGAGCAUCUGUACUCACAGCUGAUCAAGGAUUAAUUCUGGUCCCUUUGGGAUCUAUUUAAAGUAUCUGGAGAUAAGAGUUUUGUCUUGUGAAUUGCUGCAGAAUUAAUCUUAAGAUGAUCUGCAGGUUCACAGUCUCUGGAAAAUACAAACCAAAUCCCUUCUAAGCCCUUGACUCCCACUAGGAGAGGCCCGGGAUCAAGCUCAGAGCAUGCGCUGUGCAACUCAGCUGAUGCAUUAAAACUAAGCCACACUUUGCUAAUUAAGGAUUCCUGUCUCUUCAAGCACAUUCUGGGCAGGCUGCUUGUUAUCACACCUCUAAUUAAGGCUGCAACAGACUCGCCAGUUGAGACUGAAAGCUUGCUAGUUAAACUGAAAACCGACUGUAUGCUAAAUUAUUAAAGAGAGUUGGUUUUUUUUAACUGCAUUUUAUGGGAUCUGUAAGCAUUACCUUGGAAUUUAGUUUCCAUGGUGCUUGGAGAUCAUAUCAAGAACAACAUAGUGGCAUAGCAGCUGCCUGUCUGAGAUCAUGCUGGCUUUCCUCUGUGUGUUACUUGAAAUAUUUUUCUCCUCUUCUCCUCCUCCUUUAAAAAAAAAAAAAAAAAGAGAAGAUGAAAAGCCAGAUUCAAUUAAACUCAUGUCCUUAAGAAAUCAGAGUCCUGUAGCUAUUUUGUGAAUAACAUUCACUGCAAUGAGUAGAUAAAAAUACUUUUUAAAAAAUUAAGUGUAUGAUUUCCUCCAGACUUCUAAAAUGGACUCUGCUUAGGCUACACAUAGAUAAAUUGAACAGAUUUCUUGGUAAUUUUUCUUCUGUUCCAGAAAAGUAAUGAUAAAUCGUCUCCUUCAUGCCCUUCAUCUAGUUGGUUUUGGGGCCCUUCCUACCAUGAUACUGGACGACCAAAAUGAGUGACAUAGCGGUGGUUGCUGUCCCAAAACCUGAUUCUGCAAAUGCACAAUGAAAACUUUUGCCUACUGAAUGUUCUACUCCAAGGAUCUGGGCUCAGAGUGGUAUUUCUGAGAUUUUUUUUUUUCCCCCCCUCAUAAUGGAUUUUGAACAACUGCCUCAGUUUUUAUCUCAGAGUUGACUGCUCAUUGUAUUGUCACAAGGCAGAAAAUACAGUAACAAAUAAGUAGAUACUAUCCGUGAAUGUGUUUGAAUACAACUUUGUGACUUUUAUUUCAGUCCUGUGUCAAGAAUGUGUAUUUGCAAACUGUCUUUCUCAUAAUUUGUGAGAAAGGGCGGCUAAGAUGGAAAAACACUGGGGGAGGAUAUGAGGUAUAGGAGGUCUCUUUAUCUCACUCAGCAUUUCUCUCAGAGCUAAUUGCCCCGUUUGUGAGCAAGGACAACUCCCAGCAGCUUCUGGGGCAUGGAGGAGAAAGAUAUGUUGGGUGCCACUGUAAGGCCCCAAUCAACUCGCUUGAUGAGACUUUUGAAAGUGUUUAUAAUGGUUCCUGUACUCUGGGUUAGACACAUGGGAGAAAUACCAACCAGAUAUUCUCAAGAGGUCAAAACAACACAAAAGUUUACUGGCAAAGUUUAGAAAACUCAGGAGACUUUGGCAAAAAACUUAGUACAACAUCCAGUCAACAUAAAACACUUCUCACAGCAUUGAUUUAGCCCAUCCAACUUAGCAAACUUUAAACCUGUUCCAUAUUAAGGUACUCAAAAUGUUCCAAGAAGAGGGAAUUAGAAUAAGGAGUGAAAGAUAGAAAAGACAUACAAAAGCACACAUAGCUACCAGCUCCUGGGUUCCAGCAGUGUUCAGAUACCAACUCCAUGAGGAAGGUAGGGUCAAGAUGUGCUGGACUUACGCUCCACCUUAAAAAACCCUGGGCCUUUGUGAGGCCUCCCCACAGGUGGGACUUCUGGUCAUUUGGCCACUCAGGAGCUGGGUUAGGCGGAGUGGAGUCAUGCUCCUGGUGUGCCAAUGCCGGGCUGGAAUAGAGGCUGGGGGGUGUGGGGGCAGGGCACUGCCUCACCAGGGCAAGGCUUGACCAGCUCUCUCUCACACACAGAGGCAUCACUAAAUGUCUCGAGACGUCAGUCCUUUGAGUCACAUGCUGCACUUCAGAGCCAAGGCUUGAGGGGGCAGAAAGCCAAGUUUUUUCUUAAUCUUGCUGAGAAAAUGCCAAGCAGUGCAUUGAAAAUGAGCUUGCAUCUCUAACGGGCUCAACCAGCUUGGUGUUUUCAUGCUGAGGUUCUCAGAUAUAUGCUCAGGAAGUGUUAUGAGGGUGGAAAAAGAAAUCCUGGGGUCCAAGGAUGGGUGGGCAGUAGGUUUUAAUUAAUUGAAGUGACUUGACUUGGGGGAAGGCUUGUGUGGAGUCUUGGAGGUGGGUGAUGAGAAAAAAAUGGGCAUGCAGCUGAUCAGUUAUGGUCUAGAGAAAAGGAGGAAGGUGUUCAGGAUCUGAUGAGAACUUUCUUCUGGGAUGUUGUGGAUUUGGGGAACUGUGCCAGAUUGUGGGAUGCAUUUCAGGAACUGGAAACUGGUGGGAGCUGGUAGUAUGAUGAGUAGCAGCAUCUCUGGUAAGCAGCUGCUGCUGGGGUUUCCUGGCACUUGGUGACCUCCUUAUCUGUGCCUGUUCCUGCAGCGAGCCCAGCACCUGAGCUCUGCAGUUCUCCUGGGAUCUAUGUGCUGUAGGCAGGACCCAAAUCCAAUCUGGUGAGGCUGUGCUGACCCAGAACUAGUAAAUCCUCCUGGGUACAAGCUGAAUCUCUUUGCACUGUGCUCUCUAAUAACAGCAAGAUAUUAUCCAGGUGUCUGCAUUGUUGAAAGAAUGUCAGAUUCCCCCUGCUCCCUCAAGCCUGUUGGUUACAGAGAGUUCUGGAUAAAUGGCUGAUAGUUAUGUGGAACUGGCAUCCAAGCAGCUGGCAUCUAAUGUAACACAUGCAGGAGCUGGGUGUUCCUGUCCUAGAACGUAAAAUAUUAGAGCUAGGACAAAAAAAUAGCACUAAAAUAGUCUUUUUCCUCAAAUCGUGCCAAGGCUAAGCUGAAAUUUUUAAUGUGGUAUAUGAUAACUUUUGCAAUUUCUUAAAAUUAAAUUGGUGGCAGUGAUGUCCAAACUCUUUAAAGGUGUUCACACUGUGCACUCUUCUGUCCUGGUUAACAGAAGAGUCUCCCAACAGGUCUGUUCUGCAGCUUAAUUUUUAUGCUGUUGCAAAGCUGGAUUGGGCAGGUGAGUGUUCCCAGCUGUGCUGCAGGUGCUGCCCACCACUGCUGCAGAGGAUUUGGCUGUAGGUGAGCACAGACAUUGUUUGACAGGAUUGCAGGUGCCGGAGUUGGGACCUGAACACCCACUCACAGGUGAGUGUGGCAGGACAGACUGUUCUGGGUGGAAAGGGGCUCCUGAUGGCAUCCUCUGAGGAACUGCUCUGCAAGCCAAAACCAAGCCAAGCUCUUUUUUUAACUAGGUAAUUAUGUACAGUAGUAAUUGUAACAUGCAAUUAGGUGCUGUUAUAUAUAGUGUAUGUACUGUAUAAGACAUUGGGAGUGUAACAGUAGCCACUUAAACACAGGAGAGCGAGAAGGUGGCUUUUACCCAAACCUACUUAUUUUACAAAAUGCUGUCACUGUCUGGUGGUAGCUCUUUAUUGUUACUAUUUCAGUUCUCUCAAAUUACUUUUAUGGCCCAGACACUGUCCCCAACUUGCUUGUCCUGAGACCCCAGGUUCAGUCCUUGCCCCAGCAAAGCUGCAUGUAGUUGAACACACUUGAACCACAGCAAACAGCGGCCCCAGAGGGUGAAGUCUGAGCACUUUUGGAGGCAGGAGCUAUGCCACUUGCUGUGAUCAUCACCAGCAUUCUGCAAUAGGCUGACUUAUGCUCAGAUAACACGUAAAUUGUAUCUGGGUCUUUUUCCUGCUUAUGUGCUCUAGCACUGGAGGUUGGAGCAGACCUGAGUGUUGCCAGAGUGCAGAGCUGGGCAAGUGGUGUGGUCCAGGCUCUGGUGCUCCAGCAUUGCACUGCUGGAGGGCAGCUGGAUUCUGUAAGGUCUCUCUGCCUGGGCUGCAGCCACCUAACUGGGGCUGCCAGAGACUUGUGGCAGCAUUACAUUUGGACCUCUCUGGUAACAGAAAUUACCAGGUUUGGGGGAAGGUCGGCCUGUUGAGGGUGUAAGGAAAAGGUCAGUCAGGGCAGUAUCUAAGGCAAAGUUGAGGUUUGCAAAGAAGCCUGACUAAAAGGAUUUUUCUCAUCUUGUCAGCUUAGCAUAAGUCUGAGGCCCACCACCUGUGUGUGUUACCAUCAGAGCAGAUGCCAAGCAAAAACACAGGCUGUGGGCUGGAUAUGGAGAGGAAAGUCUACUCCCAGCACCUGGGAGCACAUGCAUGGUUGCUUUGAGGCCCUCCAUAUUGAAAAACCUUACAAGGUUCCCCCUGGUUUGGAACAUGUGCCAGCUACAAAGGGUGAUGUUUAUCCUUUCUGUCCUCUGGCAGGAACCUCGAGUGUGGCCAGAGCCUGGAGUGCUACAUUUGAUGAAAUCAUAGGGCAGCACAUUGAAAAAUUUUGUAAAAAAUACAUGACGAUGGAUGCCCCUGGAGUGCUAGCAAAAUACCCAGACAUCUUUGCUGUGGUGAUAAUCGUCAUCCUAACAGGCCUUUUAGCUUUUGGAGUGAAAGAAUCUGCCCUGGUGAACAAAGUGUUCACCUGCAUCAACAUCCUUGUGCUUGGAUUUGUCGUGAUCUCCGGCUUCGUGAAAGGAUCUGUUAAAAACUGGAAUCUGACUGAACAGGACAUUUACAACACCAGCCAUAGCAUUUCCAAAUACAAUCAAACACAGGAAGAAAAGCUCUACGGUGUUGGAGGUUUUAUGCCCUAUGGAUGGAAAGGAGUCCUCUCAGGGGCAGCCACGUGUUUUUAUGCUUUUGUGGGAUUUGACUGUAUUGCUACUACAGGCGAGGAGGUAAAAAACCCUCAGAAGGCCAUUCCUAUUGGCAUUGUGGCAUCUCUGCUCAUCUGCUUUGUGGCUUAUUUUGGCGUGUCGGCUGCCCUGACACUCAUGAUGCCUUACUACCAGCUGGAUACCAAUAGCCCUUUACCCAAUGCCUUUAAAUACGUGGGUUGGGAUGGAGCCAAUUAUGCAGUGGCUGUCGGUUCCUUGUGUGCACUUUCUACGAGUCUCCUUGGCUCCAUGUUUCCGAUGCCUCGAAUAAUUUAUGCUAUGGCAGAAGAUGGACUUCUCUUUAAAUUUUUGGCUAAAGUCAACGAGAAGAGAAAAACUCCCUUAAUUGCAACAGUGACAUCAGGAGCUACUGCAGCUGUUAUGGCCUUUCUCUUUGACUUGAAAGAUCUUGUAGACCUCAUGUCCAUCGGGACCCUCCUGGCUUACUCCUUGGUAGCAGCCUGUGUGUUGGUACUGAGGUACCAACCAGAGCAGCCUAAUUUGGCGUACCAGAUGGCUAGGUCGACAGAGGAGACAGAUAAUAACGAGUCUGUGAGCACCAGUGAGUCACAGGCUGGGUUUCUGCCAGAGGAAGAGGAGAAGUUUUCCCUCAAAGCCAUACUGUGUUCUACAGAUUCGGAUCCUUCCAAAUUCUCUGGUUUGGUGGUGAACAUCUCAACUUUCGUCAUUGGUUUCCUUAUUGUGGGUAUCUGUAUCCUGACUUCCCUUGAGCCAAACAUUCUGAUAAACACUGUACAGAUUAUUGCCGCCAUCCUUGUUGUCACUAUCAUCUUCAUUAUACGGAAACAGCCUGAAAGCAAAACCAAACUCUCCUUUAAGGUACCUUUUUUGCCCUUUCUUCCUGUUGGGAGUAUUUUUGUUAAUAUUUACCUCAUGAUGCAGCUAGACGCAGGCACAUGGAUCCGGUUUGCAAUCUGGAUGCUUCUAGGCUUUAUCAUCUACUUUACCUAUGGAAUAUGGCACAGUGUGGAAGCCAGCUACACAGCCUCAGCAGAAGUGGAGAGAAACACAGACACUGGCUCAGACAGCUGUAAAUGACUUGUGUUUGGCUUACGGGUGACUGAAGAAUGGCUGCAGUGAAAGAAACUUUGUGGUGGGGAUCCUGAACCAGAUUACACCUGUAAUCAGUAAUACAGGAAAGGAAGCAGAAUGCAGGCCUCCCCAGCUCUGUUACUGCAGCUUGCAGUUUGUUUAGCAGCACAGUUAAAAGGGACCACAAGAUGAAAAGACAACUCUGGCAUACUCCCAGCAGCACUGGCAGCUAAUCUGGGGCGCUUCCCUCUCUCCCUCUCCUGUUGUUUUUUUUCCCCAGUUUGUAGAAAGAGAACUGCUUCUGUGUGCAAAUGCUGCUAUGAAACCAGGCCUCACAAAUGUCCUUCUUUCAGUAGCCCCGGGAAUUAUCUCCCCACAGAUAUUCUACCUGAUCAUACAUGGAGUAGAUUUUGCAGUGCUACUGUCAGGCAUAGACCAGAUCCAUCCUUUACCCUAUGUGAGCUGUACCCUCUGUACGCACAAAAAAAAAAGGCUCUCACCAAACGCUAGAUUUCACCAGGUUAAGAAAGCACCUGCAAGAUUUGCAUUUUUUAAAGUAUCAGGUCUUACAUUUUUUGUUUUAACUGUUUUUUUUAGCUGUGUGCUCACAUGCUUUAAAGCACAUCACUGCUGUGAAAUAUUGGGAAGCUUUGUGGCUGCUGAUUGUCAGGUGAGUGAUCGCUCGCCAGCACACAGGUAAUGCCAGCAGGUGCUUCUCCCAACUGUACACUCCACAGAGGAAUUGCCGGCUUUAGUGAGGAAACUUUGUGGUGCAAGUACUGCAAAGGCUUGAAAACAAUGGGUGUCUCCAAAGAGCCAUCCUACCUCUCUGCCUCAGAAAUCACCAGUGGUGUGGCUGUAGUGGUGGGGUGGCCAGCAGAACUGAGCCAGCUCUGAUAGCAAGUGGAGCCCUAUUUUCCUUCCCCCACAUCAAUUUUGUGUGCUGGGUGUCUGGCAUUAGCAAAGGAUUUGGCAGUGAUGCUUUGGUUGGCAUUGGCGGGUGGAGCACAUUCCUGCCCUGUGAAGGGAAGCACAGGAGGAUCCUCAGAGGCAUGAAGUUCAUACGUGAGCAGUGCCUGGUGUCUGCCUCCUGCCCAGGGGAGGCUGUGGGGGUGUGCAGGGGCUUCUCAGUCCCAGCAGAGCAUGCAGCCCAGAAAACACUGCUAAGCUCUAGGGUCUGACUUGCUGAGGGGAGCUUUCCCUUUGGGGCUGGAGAUCACCUCCAGAGCCUGCCUGUAGUGAAAGGCAGGAGAUUUGGAGUUGAGACCAGGGUCUGUGUUUGGUUGGCAAUGCCUUGGUUUUGGCUGUAAAAUGAUUUUUUGUUUUAAUUCUCUCUAACAGCUUUCCCUAGCCACAUUAAUCCACUACCCUAAAAAGGCUUAUUAAAGCACCAUGAACAUGA